GAUUUAUCUUACCAUGAAAUAUCGAAAUUAAUUAAAAGGUCCAAACAAACAAAAGCCUGCAUACAUUGUUCCGUUUUCUUUUUUCCUUAUUGGUACUAUAAUCUAGUAAGAAAAAUCAAAGUAUAAAUAUUACAAGAGGCAGCCGCCCGCCAACUGAACCAAGGGAGGGAAAAAGCAAACAAGAUAGAUAGAUAGAGAGAGAGACAGGGGAUGAGGUUCAGCGUGAAGGGAUGGAGCAAGGGCGGCGCCCGGGCAGGUGUGUUGCAGGUGGGCGGCUGCUCGCUGGAAACUCCGGCGCUCCUUCUCACUACUCGCAAGGGUCUACCCGCCUUCAUCUCCCCCGACCUCCUCCCUUCUCUCCCCACACCCGAUUCUCGCCUCCUCCAGUUCAGCCCCCUUCACUUUGUAGAAGGCAUAUCGUUGAAAGCAAUAUCCGAGAUGGGAGGGCUGCAUCAGAUGGUUGGUUUGAAGGAGCAUGUGUUUGCGGCCAAUCCGGCGGAUUCCAUUAUAUCCAUACCGGAUUUUCAGAGCACCAACAAGAUUGGAGCAUCCUUUGAGACUCCUUCCGGCCGCUUCCUGAUAAAACCAGGACAGUAUGUGGAAAUGAUUUCUUCAAUGAAGCCUAAUUUGUGGGUCACAUUAGCUGAUGAGGUCCCUGCUUGGGUUUCUGAGAAGAGAAACAGAGCAUCAGUUGAGCGUACCAUGAGAUGGCUUGACGAUUGCUUGGCAUUAGCUAAAGCCAAUAAUACAGGUGGAGCUGUGUUUGGAUCCAUUGUAGGAGGCUCUAAAGUUAAUGAACGGAAAUACUGUGCGCAAGAGGUUUCAAGGCGAAAUGUCUCAGGUUUUCACAUCAGUGGCUUUGGUCUUGGAGAGAGUAUGGAUGAACGCCCUGCUCUUCUCAGUGCUGUUACUGAAUGUUUACCAGACGAUAAGCCACGCCAGAUAAGUGGUCUUGGACUUCCAGAGGAGGUCUUGCAAGGUGUUGCUGCUGGCAUCGACCUAUUUAACUCCACAUAUAUAUACCAUCUUACGGUUGGAGGCUUUGCGCUUACAUUUCCUUCAGAGGAAAUCAAGAGGCGUGGUUCCAUAGACCAACUGAGCGACACAGUCAGAGAUGACGGUACAAAGAUCAACUUAAAAGCAACUAUUUACAGGAAAGACACAUCACGAAUUCUAGAGGGCUGCAAGUGCUAUACAUGCCAGAAUCAUACAAAGGCUUAUAUAAACCAUUUGUUUAACGUUCAUGAAAUGUUGGCACAAAUUCUACUAGAAAUCCAUAACACACACCAUUAUCUUGGAUUCUUUCGCAAGAUACGAAACGCGAUCAAGGAAGGAACGUUUGAGGAGUUUCGCCAGAAUUUUGUGGAAUCUAGACGCGAGCAUAAUGCAGCUCUUGCUUUGUGUGCAUGAUCGGAUGCAGUAAACUGGUCCUCCCUCUACUGGGAAGACGACGGAGAUUAUAUUUACAAGUGGUACCUAUAUACAAUCAUCAAAACAUGUAAUCAAAUUAUACUACUACCUAAUAGAAUUUUACUUUGGUAAUUAAAUUAUGCUAUGCUAAAAAAUAUGUUUUGUACAAAUACAGAUUAAAUCCAAAUAUAAACAGCCAUUAUUAUGCC